UCUUUCUUCGAGCACAAAAAUCAAAAUUUCGAUCAUCAAAAAAUCAAGAAUUCAAUCACCAAAACAAUAUAGAUUUUUAUUGCAAUAAUUGUGUUCAAAAAAUGGGAAGAGCUCCUUGUUGUGACAAGACAAAGGUAAAGAGAGGGCCAUGGUCCCCCGAAGAAGACCUAACUCUCAAGAACUACGUCGAGGCUUACGGCACCGGAGGAAAUUGGAUCGCGUUGCCUCACAAGGCCGGACUUAAACGAUGUGGAAAGAGCUGUAGACUGAGAUGGCUGAAUUACUUGAGGCCGAACAUUAAGCAUGGCGGUUUCACUGAGGAAGAAGACAAUGUUAUUUUGUCGCUUUACCAUACCAUUGGAAGCCGGUGGUCAGUGAUAGCAUCGCAGUUAUCAGGGAGGACAGAUAAUGAUGUCAAGAAUUACUGGAACACGAAGCUAAAAAAAAAAUUAUUGGCCACGUCAUCAUCCUUAGGGUCAUCGUCUCACCCCGCCGCCGCCGCCGGCGGCGGCAAUGGUGGCGGCAACUAUAUGACCUCAUCGACAAACUAUAUUACGAGCCAAAAUAGCUCGAGUUUCUUGGCUAGUAGCGUCGAUGGCAACAUGUCAUUGCCGUAUUAUCCUAAUUUCAGUGAUCAAGAAACUGUCGCGGGUAAAAUGCUUAUAGAGGCGAUGAUCGCCGAGAGUUUGUACGAUUCGGGGCCAUUGUUGUUUCCUCUUCAAGAAGGGCUCUCUCCGGCGCUCUCUGUCGGGGGCGGGUCGUGGACGUCGUCAUCGUCGACGUCGGGUAGUGGAUCCGGGGGAGGUUACGAUGCGUUUUUGCCCGACGGAUCGAUGCCUUUUGACCUUAUGAAUGCGUUCGACGAAUUUUCGGGCGGUGUUUGAGGUUCGGUCAGCUGCCCGGCCGGAGGCAUUAAGGGGUCUUUUUAUUAUAUGUGAAAAAGCUAAGUUAAGAAGAUGUAAAUAAAGUUAAUGAAGGUAGGGUUUGUAGUUAAUUAUGGCUAAGGAUGAAUGUAGUUUUUGAUUUUUGAACAAAUCAAAAUUAAAUUAAUUAAUUAA